ACUUGGUUUCCCACAUAUUAAUCUGGACUCUGAUCUCUCCGCCUAGUUGGUGACCGUCACCCCGUGUUCUCGUUGCGGGGCUGUAAUGUGCCACGCGUCCGUCUGCCACAGUCGAUCGACCAUCUGGUGUCGGGACUGACGAACACCGCGCGGAUGACUUCCACCGUUUUAUCCGCAGCACCGACUCGCAGGUACAGGCUCCGGAUGCGGACAUUUAACGGUGUCAGGUAAUAUCGCGAUGGCUGAGAUGAGGUCGAGAAUGGGCGUGACGAGACGACAGCGACAGCGACAGCAAAGGUCUGAGUUCUGGGGAAGAAACAUACAGCCGAAAAGCGUUUUCCGGUGUACACGUGUUCUGCAGCUGUUUCAGUCCUGACAUGACGGUAGAUGCUGCUAAAAGAGUCAUAAGCAGGAGCACACUUAAAUCCAGCAGGUCGUCUUAAAUAAUAAAGGAGCAAGCUCAAUGCGCAGGUGCUCGUGUUACCGCAGCGCAGCUAUCGACUGUGAGCUCAUCGAACCCACCGCUUCAUUUAAGCGUGGGAGACUCGCAUGCUCGUUGAUGUUGGCGCUGUCCAUGGUCCUGAAACGAGUCACUCAGGCUCGUUUUGAGUUUAGGGACCCGCGCUUGUCUCGUUUUAUUUCGUCACAAUUGAAAACAGUUGAUUUGCGUUUCAUUUUGUUGUGUUCUGGUAAUGUUUUUCCUUUUUUCCUCGAUGUCUUGAGAAUCUGAAACCUAUUUUAGAUUCUCGUACAUUCCCAGUCCCCCCCCCCCUUCAGACCAGGACGGUCUAUCGUGGUGUGAAGUCCAGCCGCACGAGGAGCCGGCCGCUUUAAACGGCGCUCACUCCUGCGUCAGCGCCGACGUCCAAUAGCCGUGCCGGGGCUUAGUCAGCCCCCCGCUCACAGGAGAUCCCGCGGGUCAGGAGCGGCGUAGACGGGACUUAGCCACGGCUGGAACAGCACCGCCAGACAUCUCAUCCUCCUCCACCUGCAGCAUCCUCUACUCACGUUGCCAGCCAGGGCCGCCGUGAAGCCACCAUGUCCGUAGCGGGGCUGAAGAAGCAAUUCCACAAAGCCACUCAGAAAGUGAGCGAGAAGGUUGGAGGAGCCGAAGGAACGAAGCUCGAUGAGGACUUCACCGAAAUGGAAAAGCGGGUGGAAGUCACCGCCCGCGCGCUGAUGGACAUCAUGACCAAGACCACCGAGUAUCUGCAGCCGAACCCAGCCACCAGAGCCAAGAUGAGCAUGAUGAACUCCAUGUCGCGCAUCCGGGGCCAGGAGAAGGGGCCGGGCUACACGCAGACCGAGACCAUCCUGGGGGAGUCCAUGCAGAGGUUCGGCCGGGAGCUGGGAGACGACUCCACCUUCGGCAUGGCGCUGAUGGACGCCGGCGAGGCCAUGCACGAGCUGGGGGAGGUGAAGGACGCGCUGGACAUGGAGGUCAAGCAGAACUUCAUCGACCCCCUGCAGAGCCUGCAUGAAAAGGACAUCCGGGAGAUUCAGCACCACCUGAAGAAGCUGGAGGGCCGGCGCCUGGACUUCGACUACAAGAAGAAGCGCCAGGGCAAGGUGGGGGAGGACGAGAUCAAGCAGGCGCUGGAGAAGUUCGACGACUCCAAGGAGAUCGCGGAGCAGAGCAUGUUCAACCUGCUGGAGAGCGACAUCGAGCAGGUGAGCCAGCUGGCGGCUCUGGUCCACGCUCAGACCCAGUACCACACCCGCGCCUCUGAGAUCCUCACGCAGCUCUCCAGCAAAAUAGACGAACGGAUAAGAGAAGCCUCCAACAAGCCGAGGAAAGAGUUCCUCCCCAAACCGCGCACCUCCCUGGACUUCAGCAUCAGCGAGAACCACAACGGAGGCGUGCACAGCGCCCGCUCCCCAGGGGCGCGGUCUCCAGCAAGAUCUCCAGCCAGGUCUCCAGCCCCCAUGGACCAGCCGUGCUGCCGCGCGCUGUACGACUUCGAGCCCGAGAACGAGGGCGAGCUGGGCUUCAAGGAGGGCGACAUCAUCACGCUGACCAACAAGAUCGACGAGAACUGGUACGAGGGGAUGCUGCACGGCAACUCGGGCUUCUUCCCCAUCAACUACGUGGACAUCCUGGUGCCGCUGCCGCACUAGGACCCCCCCCCCCCCACCACCACCACCACCACCACCACCACCACCCCCGCCCGGGCCUCCAGCUCCUCCCGCCAGUAUUCCCAGUAACCUGUUCCUAAACAUUCCUACUACCCACUACUCCAGGUUAACGGAGUACAGCAGCAGCAACGCAAAUUUGAUUGAAGAUGUGAGCGAGAUUGACAGUGAAUUAAAGAGUACGUACUGACUCAGCAAAAAAAAAAAAAAAAAAAGAAAAAGCAUUUGUGUUGUUGCUUCCCGUCAUCCCAGGAGGUUCCUUCAGGCUUCAGUUUUCCUUUUGUCUGUGCUUUAAGUUCGCUGUCAGUCCGAGUUAAUUAGAGCGACCUCGGAGAAAUCACCUUCACUGUAUUACGUGGAAACCUCUGCAGUAGAUAGCGACUCGUCUCUCACGUUGUAGGAAAUAAUAAUAAAAACAAAAGCUUCAUGUUUGUUAGAGGCUUGACUUAGCAUGGUUUAAUGUUUUAUCUUACGAAAAUACGUUGCGCUGUUUUUUUUUUUGCUUUGUAUUUCCUGUUCCUCUCUCGAACCUGGCCCAGCACGGCUCUCUGUCCGAGGGACCUCCUCAGCGUUUCAACUCUGUGUAGUCGAGGGAAAAGCCACUCGAUUUGUCUGCUGCACGACACGUGCGCGUGAUUGGCCGCGUCCGAUUUAGGCGCCAAAGGCCCCGGCGGCAGCUCCAACGGGGGCGACGUUGGUUUUGUUUUUUGUUUUUUUUUUAGGUGUGUGAUAUUUCAUAUCUGAGUCGGCGGUUAGUGAAGCGAUGGCACGAGGUGCAAAAGCACGAGUUGUGAAAUCGCGACAGCUUGAAAGCGACGCGGGAAGAGGGCGGCGCGUGCGUUUCAGUCCCCUGACGCGUUUCGUAUCGCGACCGCGGGAACGCGCUGCGCGAGGCGGCGGCUCUCUGCAGCAGCGCGUGCAGCCGCUGUUCGGCGUUCUGUAGCGAAGCCGUGUGUAAAACCAACCACACACGCGCGCCCUGACGAGCACGCGGCGGCCGAGCGGAACCAGAAAUACUUUAUUUUUGUCACAGUGAGUCUGUGGGAAUCCUGAUGAUGCAAUCCACGUUACUUCUUACCCCAUAACACAACUUUCUUCUCUGUGUCAAGUCACACGUUCGGAAAGCGUGGCCCAUUUCUUCUUUGACGGUCAGACUGUAGUUGUUCCGUCUGGGUUUUCUGCUAAACAACGUGAGUUGUUGUGUUGCAUCUUUACAAGUGUUUUGUGUGUAUUUGCACUUUUGAGGCGUGGGGGCGGGGCUUCGGACGACCUCUGACCCGGCUCACCGUCUUUAAGCUCGAGCGCAGUUCAUUAUUAUUAUUAUUAUUAUUAUUAUUAUUAUUAUUAUUAUUAUUACUGAUAAUGAUGCAAAAUCAACAGGUGACUCAUAUUCAGUGUUGUUUUCGUUAAAGGGAAGCACAACUUUCCAGACGGUACUUACAGUAGCUGACUAGAGAAAGAGGCAGAGAGAUGAGGUCGUGUUUUUUAAGGUGAUACAAUUGAUUCCUUUUUGUUCUCUUUCACUUUUUUUAACAAUCGUGUGUAUCUUUGCCCUCAAUGAGGACUGUACAGCUUUUCUGUGCUUUGUUUUCACCUUGUGUGUAAAGUGGCGCAUCUACAGUAAUGUAUCUUAUUUUUGUAACUGUGACAGACUAUACACAUAAAGACUAGAUGUAUAUAUAGAGUAUGUUCUCCAGGAGCGACGUGAGCGCUGGCUUCUCUGCACACGACAGGUCUGUGGGUUGUUUGUUUUCUGUUCUUGCAUUGGAUCCUGAGGCCGUAUGCUUGAUGUAAAGACAACAUGUGAAACGUCGAUGUCAUUUAUUCAAAUAAAUACAGAGAAAUGGUUA